GUUAUAGGUGUUACUGAUAUUCUUCACAGAUUUUUUGUCGGCAGAAUGGGGCACUACCACACUAUAUGGUGUGUGUUGUCUUUGAUGGCCCUAGUAAAUACAGUGACGACCAGCGUGAGCAUCCAUGUUGAUGACCCCUGCGAGAGCUACACUGUGCUGGAUGACUCCUGGAGGGCCACCAACUUCACUGAGUCCUUCGAUAAGUGUGACCGUGAUGUCACAUGGCGUGGCUGGUACCGGCUGAUGUAUAAAGGACAGAACAUUCGGAUGGCCGAGUACUGUGUGCCCCUGAGAGCAUGUGGUACAGAAGCCCCCUUGUGGAUGGACGGAGCCCACCCUGGCCUACAAGACGGCAUAGUUACUCGUACCAUAUGCAAGUCAGAUUACCUUGGCUGUUGUUCUGCCAGUGAGAGACAAACUCCCAUUCAAGUCAAAGCAUGUCCUGGAAACUUUUAUGUCUACCAGUUGGUGCCAUCAAAUGGUUGUAAUAAUGCUUACUGCACAGAUGUGAACACGAUAUCCAUGGAUGUUGGCACCAAUUCUCCAUCAGGCCCCGUUGAUGACCCGUGUAAAAGGUAUACUGUGCUGGAUGAGCCCUGGAGAGGCACCAACAACUCUGAACACCUCAAUAGCUGGGAUGGAAACACCAUGUGGUAUGGCUGGUACCGAAUGAUGUACAAUGGGAAGGAUGUUCGGAUGCCAGAAUCCCGUCUGUGUGGUGGAUGUGGCACUGACUCCCCAUUAUGGAUAAAAGAGACCCACCCGAGCCUCCAAGAUGGGAUAGUCACACGUCACAUUUGUGAGGGAUGCAAGUCUGACCAAUGUUCUGGAAGGCAGCCUCCCAUUAAAGUGAAAGCAUGCCCUGCAAACUUUUAUGUUUACCAGUUUGUCCCUCCAACGUAUGGUUCAAGUGCCUAUUGUGCAGAUGUAACGACCAUAUCCGUGGCUACUGAUACUGUACCUCCAAAUACAAUUGAUUUUGACCCGUGUCAUGAUUAUACUGUGCUGGAUGAGCCUUGGAGGGCUACCAACUACACUGCCGACCUCAGUCAUUGUGAUCAUGAUGUCCCAUGGCAUGGCUGGUACAGGCUGAUGUACAAUGGGCAGAACAUAUGGAUGCCUGACUUUUGUGUACCUUCGGGUAGAUGUGGCUCAUCUUCCACCCUGUGGUUAGCUGGCACCCACCCCGGCCUACAGGAAGGGAUAGUUACUCGGGACAUAUGCAAAUCAGAAGGUCCUGUCUGUUGUGCUGAGAAACUACCUCCAAUUCAAGUGAAAGCGUGCCCUGGAAACUUUUAUGUUUAUCAGUUUGCUCGUCCAAGGGGUUGUAACCAUGCCUACUGUGCAGAUGUGAACACCAUAUCCAUGGACAUUCCAGCUCCUGUUGUUGACCCAUGUGAAAGGUAUGCUGUGCUGGAUGAACCCUGGAGGGCAACCAACAACACUGAAACCCUCAAUAAAUUUGAUGGAAAAAUCAUUUGGUAUGGCUGGUACCGAAUGAUGUAUUAUGGGAAAAACAUUCGUAUGCCAGAGUCCUGUGUGUGGAGCGGAUGUGGCGCUGCGCUCCCCUUGUGGAUAAAUGAGACCCACCCUAGCCUACAAGAUGGGAUAGUGACACGCCACAUUUGUGAUGACCAUAGCUGUUCUAGGCAACCUCCCAUUAAAGUUAAAGCAUGCCCAGGAAACUUUUAUGUGUACCAAUUUGUUCCUCCCAAGUAUGGCUCCAGUGCUUACUGUGCAGAUGUGAAGACCAUAUCCAGUCCUACUGAUAGUGUACCCUCUGAACCAACAGUUCCAGAUUUUGACCCCUGUCAUGACUACAUAGAGGUGGAUGAACCUUGGAGGGACACCAACUACGACUUGAGUACUAGUCAUUGUGACACUCGAAUCAGAUGGAAGGGCUGGUUCAGAUUCUUCCACUAUGGGCAGAGCAUACGCAUGCUUGACUACUGCAUGUCCUCAGCUACCUGUGGCACCUCUGGGCAGCUAUGGAUGAAUGGUACCCAUCCUGAACUGCAAGAGGGGAUAGUCACCCGCACAAUAUGUCAAUCCAGCUCGUUUAGUGGCUGCUGUGGAGUGACGCACCCUUCAGUUCAAGUCAAAGCAUGUCCUGGACACUACUAUGUUUACAGGAUCUCCCAUACAAACGGCUGCUAUUUUGCUUUCUGCACAGAUGUGAACACCAUACCCACUUAUACCAGCACAACACCGACAGCAGUUCCCACACAGACAGUUCCAACCAACCCUUGCCACAACCUGCAUUGCACAGAAGAUGAAGUAUGCGGAGAAGUACGAGGACUCUUUGGUUGUUUGUGCAAAGACAACCAUCACAGACCAAACCCAGAUUCAUUUGGUUUGAUUGCAACUUGCCACAACAGCUCUGGGUCGAUAUCUCUGUCUCGUUGCCUUCUCUUUGAGGCUGGGUUUUCUGUGGACAUCUUGCACCUCAGCAAUCCAGACUGCAAAGGCACAGUUCGAGAUGGACAAGUAGAGUUCCACUUCAACAAUGAUGACCAAAAAUGUGGAACUCAACUUAAGGCCAAUAAAACACACUUCCUCUACGAGAACUCUAUUCAGGGGAAAGUGGACUCUGCAGAUGGUCUAAGUAUCAGCAGAGAGAGAACGCUGAAGCUGCAAUUCGCCUGUGAAUAUCCGCUUAGACAAAAUGCUUCCAUGGGUGCGGCUAUCCAUGCUGUAACAAGUAUCACACAGCUGAAGUUUCCGCCAGGAAAGGGAACAUACCAAAUCCGGAUGAUUCCGUAUAAGGAUGCCGACUUCACUGAGCUGUUCGAUGGGGCCGUGGCACAGACGUCUGAUGAGGAGAUCUACAUAUCUGUGGAUGUGGAGGGAGUGGACAGCCGGCAGUUCUCCAGUGUGCUGGACCUCUGCUGGGCCACACCCACCAAUAACUCCACCUCCUCCAUCACCUGGAGCCUCAUCACCAAACAGUGUGCAAACCCAGAAGACGGGACGGUGGAGGUCUUGCGAAAUGGGGAGUCCACAAGCAGCCGUUUCUCCUUCAGGAUGUUUACUUUUAAUGGGCACCCUCCUCAGCUGUACCUUCACUGCAGCCUGCACCUCUGCCUUCUGGAGGGCAACAGCUGUGCUCCGAACUGUCAAUCCGGGCAUCAUCAAAGAGUGCAGAGAUCUACCGACAUAAAGGAAACUAUGACUGUUUCUGUUGGCCCACUGAGUUCCUCCUCGAAGGACAUGGAUGUGGUGGAUCUUCUGGCUCCAUGGGCAAAGCGAUUCCGUCCUAAGGUGUGAACACCUUUAAAUAGGGGAGUUACUCCGAACAGAGCUAUACCGUCAA